GCUUGCGCGGCGGUGAUGGGCAGGCAGCUCAGCCUCUUUCAUUCGUCCAAUCAUCGUCGACUUCAAGUGAGCUGCUGUCCACUCAGACCAGCGCUUUGGCACUGCUCCCGCCCACUGGAAUGUUACCCUACCGAGGCCAUUUUAUCGUGUUUGCUCGAAAUAAACAACAUUUAUUCUGUUUUGGCGACUGUGCUUGAACUUUUGUCGGCUGCAUUAAAAGCUGGUUAUUUAUGCUGGGACUUAGAAUAUCGUCGGUGGAUCAAUAUGGACCCUGAGGGAAGAGGUGGGCGAGGCGAUCGCAUGGGUCGAUAUUACAACCGCCAUUAUGACCACCACUUUCGGGAAAUGGACUACCGGGGUUAUGGCCCAGACGAGGAGGAUGCAGAAGCAGAAUAUCAUGCCAGAAUAGACGAGGGCAGACCCUAUAUUCACAAUGAAGCACCGCUGGAUAUCCUACCAGGAAGUAGAGAAGACAACUGGGGUUGUGGUGGGACCCGUGUACGGAUGGAUCACAACACCCGGCACCAAGAGGAGCACAGAAUCUCCUACGUAACGGGGAUGAGAAAGGGGUUUGCAGUUAAGCCAGAGGACCACGGUUGUAGCUCUGACCUGCAUCUGUCUCAAGAGGAGUUGGAGCAAAGGGACCAGGAUUACCGUGGUGAUAUGGACUGUCAGAAGCCUAGCAACAUAAUAAUGCUUCGUUUGCUCCCACCUAAUGCCACGGCGAAUGAGAUCAGGGCAAUACUUCAGGAGCAGCGAAUCCAACCUAAGGAAGUUCGGCUCAUGAGGAAUAAAUCCUCAGGUCAGAGCCGAGGAUUCGCCUUCGUCGAGUUUAAUCUCAUACAGGAGGCCACCUGCUGGAUGGAGACCAACCAGGGUUUGCUGUUCAUUCUGGGACAUCGAGUGUCAAUGCACUACAGCAACCCUAAACCACGCGGCAACGAGGACUGGCUUUGCAACAAGUGUGGUGUACAAAACUUUAAGAGGAGGGAAAGGUGCUUUAAGUGCAGUGCACCCAAAUCCGAAGCUGAGCUGAAGUUGCCACAGUCGCAAAAAGAUUUUGCUCAUAGUCUUAAGAAGGAGGAAGCCCAAGGCUUGCUGCCCCUUCCAGCACCCUUUGACUGCUCUGGUCUUUCUGUCCACCCUGGCCAAGUUACACAGCAUGCUGAUGGUGCACUUGCCAAUGACACUCUAAUACUGAGAAAUCUUGGACCCCACACCUCAGUGGAAGCCAUUCUCUCUUCUUUAUCGUCAUUUGCCACGCUGUCACCCUCCAACAUUCGCCUCAUCAAGGACAAACAAACACAUCUCAACAGGGGCUUUGCUUUUCUUCAGCUGGCCACAAUUGUGGAGGCUUCCCAGCUGCUCCAGAUCUUGCAGGCACUUCAACCACCUCUCUCUAUUGAUGGGAAGGUUACUGUGGUGGAGUUUGCCAAAGGUUCUAAACGAGAUGUCUUUUUGACAGAUGGCAAUAAAGUAAAUGUGGCCACAGUGGCUAGCACAGCAAUUGCUGCAGCACAAUGGGCUGUCACACAGGCUGCACAAAAUGGUUCAGGUGGAGGCCAUAGUACAGAAUAUACUGAGCUGUAUCCCCAGCGAGCAGCUGUAAAAUACAGUCAGGGCAGAAAUGAUUACUCCUUGCCAAAUGGCCUAUCUACAUUGGCCUGUCCAGGAACAACCAUAAUGGGGGGUUCUACAGGACAAACUACUCCAGUUAUUCCAUCAUUGACACCUGGUGUAGCUCUUAUGCAGCAGCUUCCUCAAAGUGCUCCAGCUGCUGUCGUCAAAACCGCUUCUGCCAAAACAGCUAGCCAGGUUGAAAUAGUUGGAAAACCAAUACAAGCUGGCUGCAGCCAGCCUGCAACACCAGGCACUGAACAUGAGCUCCAGCAAUAUCCUUUACCAGAUGUAUCUACAUACCAAUAUGAUGAAAGUUCUGGCUACUAUUACGACCCACUGACGGGACUCUAUUAUGAUCCAAACUCACAGUACUAUUACAACCCCCAUACUCAGCAUUUCAUGUACUGGGAGGGAGAGAAGCGCACAUACGUUCCUGCACCCUCUGGCCAGUCGAACACAGAAGUUGCUCCCACUGGUGAUUGUGCAGCCUCAAUAGACUCCACGUUGGCUAACCAUGGGAGCAAGGAGAAAAAAGAUAAACCCAAGAGUAAAACUGCUCAACAGAUUGCCAAAGAUAUGGAGCGAUGGGCCAAGACUCUCAACAGACACAAGGAGAACAUGCGUUCUGUGUCAUCCUCCCCUGCAGCUGGAUCCACAGAUCGUAGAGAAUCUGCCAGUGCUGAUGCAGGCUAUGCUGUUCUGGAGAAAAAGGGGGCGCUUUUGGAAAGGCCUCAAAUGUUUUUGGACCAACUCAGACAAACAGAAUCUUCCCCUACUCAGCACUUGGGUCUUGUCCCAGCCUACAGUGGAGAAAGUGAUAGUGAAGAAGAAGGAGCAGAGAAAGAUGAGAAGGAAGGGGGACUGACAGACUGGGUGAAAAUGGCCUGUCUGCUUUGUAGAAGACAGUUUCCGAGCAAAGAAGCCCUUAUUAGGCACCAGCAGCUCUCUGAACUACAUAAGCAAAAUAUGGAGCAUAGAAAAAUGCAGGACGAGAGACAUACAGAUGGACUGGAACCUCCUGACUUCAAGAAGAGGAGGUUAAACUCGAUUGAUGCAAUCACAGGAUCAAGUCUCGGUGCCAGAAUGCUUCAAGGUGGUGUGAAAAGGGAGCUUUUGUUGCGCAAAAUGCAAAUGGAGUAGACAGUGGUCCUGCAAUCUUGGACCUUGCGUUCCAGGCAGGACAAAAGACUAUCCACUUCUCUAUUAAUAUCACAUGUAAAUAAAACCUUUAGUUUAACUACACCAGCCCUUGCAGCAGCAGUGGUGGUGAGGGGCAUGGUUUUGCACAGAAUGCACCUUUUGCUUUCUUCCUGAAUUAUGCCAUUCUUAAGUUCUUGCUUUAGAGCUUGUUUGACAAACAAGCUUUAUUAAUAGAAUUUAGUGUUGUGUCAAGAAAUGUAUGUAUAGAUUUUCACUUCAUUUAAACACAUUUUCUAACAGUC